GUUAUUUCUGAAUUAUUUCUGAAACAUAUUAAUAAUUUUUGGUUUCAAAAAUAGAAGUGUACUACAUAAAAUUUUGAUUGUGACUUUAUUUGAAUUACGUAAGGAAGAAUUAUUAAAAAAAUAAGAAGGAUUUUAUUUUUAAGAUUUACGAUUCAACAUUUAACAAAAAUCUUAUUUGACUUUUAAUAGACAAUGUUUAUAUCUAAAAGACUGAUAAAAGGAGUUGCAGUUGGAUUAAUUGGAAUAGGUACGUUGGCAUCUUUGAGAGCAAAUGAAUAUGAUUUAGGAUCUAUAGGUAUUGUGCGGCUAGGACGUGCUGCAGUUACUGUUUUUAUAAUUGGGAAGCAUUAUAAAACUGAACUAUAUGAUAGUAACCUAAAUCCAGAUACUCAAGAGUAUUUAGAGUUAAAAUCAAAAGUACACAAAUAUGGAGCAGAAAAGCUCCUGGAACUUUGCUGUGACAAUAAAGGUGUUUAUAUAAAAGUAGGCCAACAUAUUGGUGCACUAGACUAUUUAUUACCAUCAGAAUAUGUUCAAACCAUGAGGGUAUUACACAGUGCUGCACCACAAUCAUCCUUUAAGGAUGUACUCACUGUACUCAAAGAAGAUUUUAAAAGAGAUCCAUAUGAAAUAUUUGAAAGUAUCAAUCCUAAACCUUUGGGUGCUGCUAGUUUAGCACAGGUUCACAAAGCUGUGUUAAAAAAUGGUGAUGUUGUAGCUAUUAAAGUUCAACAUCGAGCUGUUAAAACAAAUUCUUAUGUAGAUAUCAAGACCAUGUCAGCUUUAGUGAAAAUAACAUCAUUAGUAUUUCCAGAUUUUAAAUUUGAUUGGCUCGUUGACGAAACCAAAAAGAAUCUUCCAAGAGAAUUAGAUUUUAGUCAAGAAGGAAAAAAUGCAGAGAAAGUUCAGAAAAUAUUUUCACACUAUCAUUGGUUAAAAAUACCAAAGAUAUAUUGGAACCUGUCAUCAUCACGUGUUUUAACAAUGGAAUUUAUUGAAGGAGGUCAAAUUAAUGAUCUGAAAUACAUUCAAGAUAAUAACUUAAAUCCUUAUGAAGUCAGCAGUAAAUUAGGUCGACUUUAUAGUCACAUGAUAUUUAUUGUGGGUUUUGUACAUUCUGAUCCACAUCCCGGUAAUGUUUUAGUUACGAAUAAUAAUAAUGAAGCAGAAAUCAUACUAUUAGAUCAUGGUUUGUAUGCAAAUCUGUCUGAUGAAUUUAGGUGGGAAUAUUCCAAGCUUUGGUUAGCUAUAUUAAAUGGUGAUAAAGCUGCAAUGCAAAGGCACUGUGCUAAAUUAGGUGUUGGAGAUAUGUAUGGAUUGCUGGCUUGCAUGGUUUCAGGAAGGUCUUGGAAUACAAUUAUGUCUGGUGUUCGGAAAACCAAGUAUGAUUCAGAAGAAAAACAAGAAUUUCAAAGAGAAAUACCAAAUUUAUUGCCACAGAUUAGUCAUGUAUUAGAAAAAGUGAAUCGACAAAUGUUAUUAAUUCUUAAAACGAAUGAUCUUAUGCGUUGCAUUGAAUAUUCUUUACACACAGAAUCUAGAAUGUCAGGCAUGAUGGAAAUGUCAAAAUGUUGUAUACUUUCGGUAUACGGAGAAAAAUUAAAAUCUUGUACAAAUACAUGGGAAAAAUGGAAAGUUUCUGUAUCUAAACAAUGGACACUUUUUAAGUGGUCAUUGUAUUAUUUGUAUCUAGGAGUAUUAAAUUUCAAUAUAAUAGAUUCUGUAGAUUCAUUCAUGAAGAAUGAAUUUUAUGCACUUUAAUGAUACGCUAUUUUUAGGAGAAAUAAAAUGUAUUUGUUUAAAUUGAACAUGUAAUUAAUUAAAUGGUAUAAUCAAAGGUUUUCUAAAUAAUGUUAUAAUUUAAUAUGUUCAAGAAAUUUGU